AUGACGGUUUUCCUCAAGCUAAGCUGGGUUGCUUCAAACAAAGAUUCAAACGUUCACUUGUUGUGGGUUGAGGGGGUGCGGGACUAUGUCCAGCAUGCGACCAAACUACUGGACGAGUACAAGGACAUCGUGCCACUUGACGGCGUAACCGCGUUACAAAAAGCCGCCACAGAUGCUACGAGCAGCCAAGGCCGGCGCGCGGAAGGCCAGUCCUCCGCAACCAAGGCAGGAAGCAGCAAGGACGAACGCGCGGUAGUGUUCGUCCGUCGCGUGGCCGGCCUGAACCGCCAGUUUGCCAAGUGGGUGUCGAACAGUCUGGAGACUACUCCCCGCAUGUGGUGGAUGGAGGCCGCCGGUGACUACGUACUGCACGCCAACCGGCUGCUGGAGGACUUUGGCGACAUCGUCUCACCGGACGCUUCAACUCAACCAUCACGACAACCAGCAGCAGCAGCAGCAACAGGUUCAGGUGCUGCUAUGGCCGAGACGGAGGAACGUGACGCCGCCCCCUCGGGGCUCUUCAUCAGUCGCUCCCCGGCUCCUGCCUCCACCACCACCGGCACCCCCACCCCCCUGGCCUUUGGCUCCGCUCCAUUUGGUGGUACCUCCACGGGUGGCCUGUCAGGGCCGGCGGCUGCGGCUGCUGGCUCCCUCUUUGGUGCCCCCGGCUCGCAGCCGUCGUCGGGUGGCAAGGGCACUGCGCCAGCCACGGGUUUCAUGGCCGCUGCCCCUGCGGCAGCAGCCUCCGCUGCCUCUGGCGCGGCGUCUGGCUCCUCUCUUUUCGGCAGCUUCGCAGCCCCCACCGUUAUCACGGCCACCGAAACUGAUGCCAGCACUACGACGAAGCCCAGCACCAGCACUGGGAUGUUCGGCUUCUCCUUUGGUGCAGUGGCGUCUACGCCGGCGUCUGCGGCCCCCUCUGGCAAGGAUGCCACAGGCGGCAAACCGCUGGCAACGGCGGCCGUCCCGUUGUCUGGGAUCGCUGGUUCCAGUGCUGCCGCCAAGGAGAGGACGUCCGGCACAGCUGACACAGCCGCUGCUGGCGACAAGUUGACGGCAGCAGCGGCGGCGCCGCCAGCAACUUCAGCGCCCAGCGCCGCUGCUGCUACGGUGAGCGGCGCCGGCGCUGGGCCACCCGCCGUCUUUGGCGCGGGACUGUUUCAAUUUGGGGCGCAGCCAUCGUCUACGCCAGCGUCGACGGCAGCGCCAGCGGCGCCGGCUUCCACUGCCGGCGGCGGCAGCAGCACGGCAGCGGCAGCGACGACGCCUAGCAUCACCUUUGGCGCCGCGCCAGCCUCCACGGCGGCGGCGUCCUCCGGCAGUGGCAACGCCGGGGUUCCCUCGGGACCCGUAUUUGGGGGCAGUACUGCCGCCGCCGGCGGAAGUACGGCACCUGCGUUCGCAUUCGGUAGUGCGCCCGUCACCACAGGCGCCGCAACUAGGUCUGGGCCCGACGGUGACGCCGCCAAGAAGGAUGGCGGCGGCGGCGACAUCACCAAGAACACCGGCGCCAGUGGCGGCGAUACAGCGCCGGCGCUGGCGGCUGCUCCGGGAGGUUUCUCGUUCUUUGGAGCAUCGACGGCAGCCCCUGCCGCUGCCAGCGGCACGGCCCCCUCCACCGGCGGCUUUUCCUUCGGCAGUGCGGCGCCCGGGUUUAGCUUUGGACCCAAGCCGGCGGCGGCGGCACCGGCGGCAGCGGCAGCGGCAGAUGCUGAGGCAGAGGACAACGAGCCCGAGCAAGAGCCCGAUGAGUGCGCCAAGGAGCCCAGCCUCAAGGUCGACGACAAUGUGGACUUCCUGUUCCGUGAGAAAGCCCGACUGCAGCUGCCCGUCAAGGGCCCCGACGGCAAGCUGUCAGGCUGGGAGGCCAAGGCCAUGGGCAUGCUGUCUAUCCGCAAGGCCAAGACCGAGGGGGCCAAGCCCUACAUCGCGUUGUUCACAGACGCGGCCUACAUCUACAAGACUAUGAAGCUGGUGGUCAGCGACAAACAGAAGAGCGUGGCUUUCUCCGCCAUGUGGAGCCCGGAUGGCACCUCGCCGCCCAGGAUGAGUUCCGCUUUGUUCCAGUUGGCGAAAACCAAGAACCGGACCUUUGAGGAGGUGGUGCUCAAGCUUCAGGAGGAGAUGACCGAGUGA